AUGACAACAACCCCCACUGCUGCCUUCCAGGCCCUCAUGAAAGGGGUGACAAGCUGGGAUGUCCCCAAAGGCCCCAUCCCCAGUGAACUGCUUCUUAUUGGAGAGGACAGCUUCCCAGUGAUGGUGAGUGACAAGGGCCAGGUGCUCAUUGCUGCCUCCUGCUACGGCCGAGGCCACCUUGUUGUUGUAUCCCACAAGAGCUACCUGGAGCAUGCUGGCUUGGCUCCAUUUCUUCUCAAUGCAGUGGGCUGGCUCUCUCCCUCCGCUGGGGCUUCCAUUGAGGUGCACCCAUCCCUGACACUGCUAGCAAAGAUCCUGCAGGACUCUGGGGUUAAGUCACAUAUUGUGCAAGAACCGGGAGAGCCCAUGGGGGUUUUCUGCACCAAUGCCUAUGAAGACACCAUGGUUAUGAAGCUGAUCCAGUUUGUGAAACGUGGAGAGGGCUUGCUCAUCGGGGGCGCCUGGUUUGGGGCCGGUCAGCAAGGCCAUAAAAAGGUGUUCUCUAAGUUCUCUGGGAACCAGGUGACCACUGCGGCCAGAGUGUACAUCACUGACAUCUAUGGGGAUGUAAACAAAAUAGAGGUCUCCAAGAAGGUACCCAGCGUUUCACUCUAUGCCACGUGA